CGCGCACAUGCGCACUGCGCCCGCAGCCCUGGACCAUUUGUCAGGACUACUCGUGAGACGGAGAAAAAAAAGAGAGAAAAUUUGGGGGUUACAAACUAAAUCAUGACUGAAUCUGCAUCUAGCACAAGUGGUCAAGAGUUUGAUGUGUUCAGUGUUAUGGACUGGAAAGACGGAGUUGGUACCCUACCAGGAAGUGAUCUAAAGUUUCGGGUAAAUGAGUUUGGAGCUUUGGAAGUUAUCACAGACGAAAGUGAGAUGGAAAGUGUCAAGAAAGCAACAGCCACUACCACGUGGAUGGUCCCAACUGCUCAGGACGCCCCGACCUCUCCCCCGAGCUCCAGGCCCGUAUUUCCACCUGCCUACUGGACAUCUCCACCUGGAUGUCCCACAGUCUUUUCAGAGAAGACUGGGGUAUCCUUCAGGCUGAAGGAGCAAUCGAAAGCAGAUGGGCUUCAGUUUUGUGAGAACUGUUGUCAGUAUGGCAACGGAGAGGAGCGUCUUUCUGGAGGAAAACAUUGCAGCCAGAAUUGUGCUCGGCAUGCCAAAGACAAAGAUCAGAAGGAAGACCGGGACGGAGGCGAAGACAAUGAUGAGGAGGAUCCUAAAUGUAGUCGGAAGAAAAAACCAAAAUUGUCUCUGAAGGCUGACUCCAAGGAAGAUGGAGAAGAGAGAGAUGAUGAAAUGGAGAACAAACAAGAUGGAAGGAUCCUGAGGGGUUCUCAGAGAGCCAGAAGGAAAAGACGCGGGGAUUCAGCUGUCUUAAAGCAGGGCUUGCCUCCUAAAGGCAAGAAAACUUGGUGCUGGGCUUCCUACCUGGAGGAGGAGAAAGCUGUGGCAGUUCCCACAAAGCUGUUCAAAGAGCACCAGUCCUUCCCAUACAACAAAAACGGAUUUAAAGUGGGCAUGAAGCUAGAGGGCGUGGACCCUGAGCACCAGGCUGCGUACUGCGUCCUCACGGUGGCUGAGAGUCUAAGAGUACUGAUCUCUGACCCAUCUGCCUCUUACUAA